AUGGCAGGUCGUCCAGCUACACACACAACUCCAGAGGCAAGGCUGCAGGCUGCACGACAAAAACGCAAAAAGUAUUAUCAUAGACACAAAGACACCAUCAACACCAAACGGCGCCUUUCUUAUACUCCGACAAAGCACAAAAAAUACUCUAUCCCCCCAAAAAGUGAAAUGUCGGGGACGGACACUCCUCCGACUUCCUCAGCUCGCGAAAGUUUAUCUCCUGCACCCACGACACUGUCAGGUUGUUUGGAACUCGUUAAAGACGCCAAAGAUGAGCUAGUCGGUCUCGCCAUACUACCUGGUCCUUAUGCGUACGUCGAACAUAUUCUUGGGAGAUAUGUUGCAACAGUACCUCGCGAAUGCUUCGACAUUGAGACUGUUGACCGCGAGGAACCUGGUGAUAUUUCCAUCAUCGAUGAUGCGAUCUGCACGGUCAGAAAAAUCUAUGAGAACGCCUAUCGUGGUCAAGACACAAUUUUCGACAUGUGUGGAGUAUGUGACGAGUGGAGGGCUGCAGAUGAAGUAUGCCGAGCGAUUCAUCAUGUAAUUGGGUACUUGGAGGAUGUGUUGUGGCAUGUCAGGCGGGGUACAACUGAACUUGCAAUCGCGCAUGUACAUCAAAAACUGAAGUAUCAAUCAGACAGGCUGGACAAUAUGUAG